CUUAGAAACGGCUGUUUAAAACGAAAGUGGAAGCGAGGUUUUACUGGAAUCGCUAGUAGGUGGAGCUGGGUAGGUAUCGGCUCCGGUCUGAACGUUUAUUUAGCUCCUUAUCAAACACCAGCCGACAGAUGAUCGAACCAACACGGAGAGAGAGAGGGAGAGGGCGUGAAAAAAAUGUGGAUAUACUUUAACCGAAUCACCAAUUCUAUACAAAUCGGAUGACCGACCGCGCCUUCUCUUGACUAUUCUGGAAGUGUAUUUGGUGAUCACGAACCAGGAGGAAUACCCGCUGGGAUUCUGGCUAAAAACGGAUUCAGUUAAGGAAAAGUGCCUCAGAAAAAAUUGCAUUGCACUCGUUUUGCAAAACGGAUGCCAGGGUACUGUGUAGCGAUGGGAGAGGGUUGGGACCGCUCUCCCCUGUAGGAUGGUCGCUCAUAGCACUUUGGAAGAACAAGACACAACAACAACAACAACAACAACAACACCUUCAUCAUCACCACCAUCACCUCCUAGAUCCAGGGACACCUCCACCCUCCUCUCGACUCCGCACUCCGACCACCACGCAACCUCACCACCAUCAUCAUCCUCAUCAUCAUCAUCAUCAGUCCACCACUCCUCCCAGUCACACCGUCAGCAGCCGUCCAACCAGUGUGUGGCAACCCCUAUCCCAUUACCAGACCAGUUAGACCACCAGCCCCUCCCCACCCGGGUCCCAGUCUCCACCCACUUUCCUCUGUUCCGCUGCCAGGGAGACUUCCUGUUAAUCACCCGGACGGCCUCCAUGUUGGAGCGCUCCGGCUUCUACUGGGGCCCCCUAGGAGUGGUGGAGGCUCACAGCCGACUGAAGGACGUUGCCACGGGAACAUUCUUGAUCCGGGACAGUCGCAAGAAGGACGUCUUCUUCACGUUGUCCUACCGCGCGGCCAGCGGCCCCGUCAGCGUACGAAUCAUCUUAAAGGAACAGCACUUCAGCCUGGAAGGAAGUGAGCACUCCUUCCCCUGCCUCUUCGUCCUGCUGGAACAUUACAUCAAUUCCUCGAAGAAAAGCCUGAGCGUUCCGUACAGGAAACAGCGCCCCACGCUCCAGGACCUGUGCAGGAAACGGGUCGUGGAGUCGUGCGGCGGCGAGGUGGAGCGGGUCGAGAGGGUCCCCGUCAACCAAGUCCUGAAAGACUUCCUGUUAGAGUUCCCAUACAGGAUAUGAUGUCACAGGGGACGCCGUUGAGGCGGGACUUGGCUAACGGAGUUUCAGGACUAAAAACGACUUGCAUCGGGUUGGUACUGAAGGGUUUUGGGUUGGUUGCGUUGGAACUAGAGACCGGGUCGUGGUUAGAAACACGGUCCUAUUCUCUACACAGUGCACUACGUUUGGUCAGGGUCAGAGGUCAUAGUGAGCCAUGUCACAGUUGGUCUCGGUUGGGUUUAUCCGGUCGGUCCCUGGAGGAUUUUAAGGACCGUACGUGGACCACAACGACUGGUUAUGGAGUGGCUGCAUUAAAGAACCACUGGGGCGGUUGCGUUACGGUCCAGGCCGCUGACCGUGCGAGGUGGACAGUAUGGCGGAGGUUAGGGUUAGUGGACCGGUUCUGCCAUUCUAGGCAGGGCCGGGUUCGCUGUAGCAGAAGAACUGAGCCACAACAACAAUACUUUACCGGCAAUGUUUACAAUGUUGUUUACAAUGUUUACAGUCUUUACAAUGUUCACAAAGACCAGGAAUGUUUACGCUACACAAUAUCACAGUACUGUAUGUAUAACUGCGUACUCUCUGGUACUAACAGGUAUAACUGUGUACUCUCUGGUACUAACAGGUAUAACUGCGUACUCUCUGGUACUAUCAGGUAUAACUGUGUACUCUCUGGUACUAACAGGUAUAACUGCGUACUCUCUGGUACUAACAGGUAUAACUGUGUACUCUCUGGUACUAACAGGUAUAACUGUGUACUAUGUAGUACUAGAUUCAUAUCUGCUGUGCAGACGUUCUCCUCUAGGAGUGUUUUAAUGGAUAAUAAAUGUGACGUGUGUAUAUAUUUCA